ACCGUUAACAUGACUACCAAGGUUGUAGUUCUAACAGUCCUUGUGGCUGCCGUCCUCGCCCGCCCUGAGCCACCUCCCACUUAUGGACCUCCAGCACCAGCCUACAAACCCCCACAACCUGCUUAUGGUGCUCCUGCUUACCCUGACAUUCCUUCUCAGUACAACUCCCAGUACGCUGUGAGGGACGACUACUCCGGCAACGACUUUGGUCACCAAGAAUCUCGUAACGGCUACGAUACCCAGGGCACUUAUUAUGUCCAGCUUCCCGACGGUCGUCUGCAGAAGGUGACUUACUAUGUUACAGGUGACUCAGGCUACGUAGCUGAGGUGAGCUACGAGGGCGAGGCCCAGUACCCAGCCUACCAGCCUGCUUCUGCCUAUAAGCCUGCUUUUGCCUAUAAGCCUGCCCCUGCCUAUAGGCCUGCCUAUGCAUAUGAGCCCUCCACAGUUUAUGCAUAA